ACGUAGAAAAAAGAAGAAGAAAGAUAACCCUAGCAACCGAUAAACAACGUUUCAAUUUUGUGACUUUGGUGUCCGGUUUACUCCAAGUAUUAACAAUGAAAGUUGAGGAAGUGAAAAGCACUGUGCGGACUCAGCGUAUUAGCGCCCACAGUCACAUUAAAGGUCUCGGGUUAGACGAAAGCGGUUUUGCCUUGCAGUCGGCUGCCGGCUUGGUCGGACAAGAGCAAGCGAGGGAGGCUGCCGGGAUUGUUGUCGACAUGAUUCGUAGCAAGAAGAUGGCCGGGCGCGCAGUUUUAUUGGCUGGUCCGCCCGGGACCGGAAAAACCGCUAUCGCCUUAGCGAUAGCCCAAGAGCUCGGCAAUAAGGUGCCGUUUUGCCCGAUGGUCGGGUCGGAAGUUUAUAGUUCUGAAAUCAAGAAGACUGAAGUGCUGAUGGAAAAUUUCCGGCGCGCCAUCGGUUUGCGUAUAAGGGAAACCAAAGAGGUCUAUGAAGGAGAAGUAAGCGAGUUGACUCCUGUAGAGACUGAGAAUCCGGCUGGAGGGUACGGAAAAACGGUGAGCCAUCUCAUAAUUGGUCUUCGUACCGCGAAAGGUAGCAAACAGUUAAAACUGGAUCCCAGCAUCUACGAAGCGCUACAAAAGGAGAAAGUCGAAGUGGGCGACGUGAUUUAUAUCGAGGCGACAAGCGGCGCGGUUAAACGUCAAGGUAGGUCGGACGCGUACGCCACCGAAUUCGACCUGGAAGCUGAAGAAUACGUGCCCCUGCCCAAGGGCGACGUACACAAGAAGAAGGAGGUCGUCCAAGACGUUACGUUGCACGAUCUCGACGCGGCGAACGCCAAACCCCAAGGGGGUCAGGACGUCUUAUCCAUGAUGGGGCAGCUGUUGAAGCCGAAAAAAACGGAAAUAACGGACAAACUGAGAAAAGAAAUAAACAAAAUCGUCGACAAAUAUAUAGACCAGGGCAUCGCCGAGCUGGUGCCAGGGGUACUCUUUAUCGACGAGGUCCACAUGCUCGAUAUCGAGACCUUCACGUACUUGCAUAGGGCGCUCGAGAGCACCAUCGCGCCCAUAGUUAUCUUCGCCACCAACAGGGGGCGUUGUUUGAUUAGAGGGACGGAUGAUAUUUAUUCACCCCACGGCAUUCCGCUCGAUCUCCUCGAUAGGUUGCUAAUUAUCAGGACGAUACCUUACGUGAGGUCGGAUAUGGAACAGAUUAUAAAACUGAGGGCGAACACGGAAGGGUUGGAAAUCGAGCAGGAAGCGUUGACGUCAUUAAGCGAGGUGGGCACGAAAGCCACUCUGAGGUUCGCCGUUCAACUGUUGAAUCCGGCGAAUUUAACGGCAAAAGUUAACGGUCGGACGAAGAUUACCCGAGCGGAUAUCGAAGAGGUGUCGACGUUGUUCCUCGACGCGAAACAAUCGGCCAAGAUUUUGUCGGAAAACAAAGAUAAAUAUAUGGUUUAGGUUAGGUUUUUUUUUCGUUCAUUGUAAAACGUGGAGUAAUUAUAAGACUAUUCGGCUACGUUGGGGAGUUUUAUUG